CCGGAUUGAGCAGUCUGUAGUGCAGAGCAGCCCCUCGGGCGUUCUGCCUGGCCCUGCUUCCCCUGCUGGCUGCCCUUCUGGUGCGUGCAUCCCAGGUGGCAUCAUGCUGCAGCAGAUCCUGCACGACAUGUACAUCGACCCUGAGCUCCUUGCCGAGCUCAGCGAUGUGCAGAAGCACAUCCUCUUCUACAAAAUGCGGGAGGAGCAGCUGAGGCGCUGGAAGGAGCGGGAGACUUGGGAGGCCCUGGCCCAGGACGAGGGUCUCAGGCCUCCAAAGACCAAGCGAGCAGCGAGUGAUAAGCACAUCCAAUGGCUCCUAGGGGCAGAUGGCGAGGUCUGGGUCUGGAUCAUGGGAGAAGGCCCUGGUGACAAGCCCUACGAAGAGAUCUCUGAGGAGCUGAUUGCAGAGAGGGCGCGGCUGCAGGCACAGAGGGAAGCUGAGGAGCUCUGGAGACAGAAGGAGGCAGAGAUCACCAAGAAGUUCCGGGAUGCUCUGGCCAAUGAGAAAGCCCGGAUCUUGGCGGAGAAGUGGAAAGUGGAGAUGGAAGACCGCAAGGCUGCCAAAGUCCUGGAGGAACGCAUCCACGAGGAAUUCAAGAGGAAAGAGGAAGAGGAGAGGAAGCGAGGAGAAGAGCAGAUUCGCCUCCAGGAAGAGCAGAGGGCGAAGGAGCUCUACUGGACCCUGAAGCAGGCUCAGCUGCAUUGCCAAGCCAGUGAGAAAGAGGAGCGAGAGUGGGAAGAACAGUUGCGCCGGUCCAAGGCGGCUGAUGAGGAGAGGAGCCGCCGAGCCCAGCGCGCCCGGGACGAGUACCGACGCCACUCACUCCGUGCUAUCCAGAAGGGCACGGUCGCUGGCCUCAGCUCCAUGUUCCGGGAGCUUGGCCAGAGCCAUGAGCAGGAGGCAAGACUCUACCACCACCUUCCCGGCCCGGGUCCGCCGCAGCCCCUUGCCCUGCCGGUCAGCAGGACCUGGGAGCGCCCGCUGCGCCCAGUCUCCAGAGAUGUCAUCGUCCGCUGGUUUAAGGAGGAGCAGCUGCCUCGCCGAGCUGGCUUCGAGAGGAACACCAAGUUCAUCGCCCCCUGGUUCCAUGGAAUUAUUAGCCGAGAAGAUGCAGAAGCUCUCCUGGAGAACAUGACUGAGGGAGCAUUCCUGGUCCGGGUCAGUGAGAAAAUCUGGGGUUACACCCUCUCCUACCGCCUGCAGAAAGGGUUCAAACACUUUCUUGUGGAUGCUUCUGGGGAUUUUUACAGCUUCCUGGGAGUGGACCCCAAUCGCCAUGCAACGCUCACGGAUCUCGUUGAUUUCCAUAAGGAGGAAAUUAUCACUGUUUCAGGAGGAGAGUUACUUCAGGAACCCUGCGGACAGAGGGACAGCCCACCAGACUACCAUCUGUUGUUUGAAUAAUUUUUUUCCUUAUCAAUUGGAUUCAUUUUGGUAUCCUGUUUUUGAACUCAGCUUAAGAACUUCUCAUCUCAAAUCCUAUGGCCUUCUGGAAGAUCCACCACUAUCCAAAGGAAAAAGUAGAUUAAUAUGUCUCAAGGGAUAUGACAUCUAUGGCAUAGGGCUACUGGUCUCAUCCCAGCAAUCAGGACAGAAAUUGCUAAUAGCUCAUGCAACUCUUUCAUGAAGAGCUUAGCUAUGACCUUAGAAGACAAAGCCUGUUUGUCAUGGCUUCUGUAAACCGAGCUCUUACAGUGCGUGGACCAUGUUUUAAUAAUCCAAAAUAAUUCCAGUGCCGAACCCUGAAUUUAACAUAUGGUAGACAUUCAGUAAAUGUUUGUUGAAUGAAUGCAUGUCUUCUAAAAGUUUUCCAACACAAAUUAGCAGUGGUUUCUUGUAAAUUAUUUCCUACUCGCCACUCUAUAAAAUCAUGGCAAUAAUAGAAGAUUAUGAAGGAUUUCUAUGGAGGACAUAAAUGCUGCAUCUUUCAUAAUCUCCAUUAUUACCCUCAUUGAUAUUAUCAUUGGAAUUAUCUAAGGUGAGCCCCAGUUUCCAGAGCAGCUGAUUGACACUGUCCUGCCUUCCUUAUUUAACCUCUUCUUUUGCCACUCGCCUUUAUCUUUGAAUCAUAUUUUGGCCUUGGUUUUGCAAUGGUUUUAUGUAAUCCUACAGAUGUCUUCAAGACCUGGGGUGAGUUAUAAAUGCAAGAAUGGUUUUUAGAAAUCUGAUGAGGCCUCUGCUCUCUGGGAUGUGGCCCUCUCUAUGCAGGUUGCUCCAAUGAUUAGCUCUGUCCUCAUUGUCCUUUUAAUUCCCUUGUCAACUUAAUCUCAGUAUGUUGCUUAUAUUAACAAGAAGAGUCACCCAAUAACUCCUCGAUAACUCUCAGUGAUGGUAUCUGUUGGUGCAUACUUGUGUUCCACAGUUAUGGCCAUAUACACAGAGGUAGUAUAUGAUGAAGAGAAGAUUACAGUCUUUACAGUCAAGAAGACUUGGGUUCAUAUCCUCACCCUGGAACUUACUAGCAUUAUAAUGCUUGCAGCAUUGUGUUUGGUGAGAGGAAAAGAAUGAAUGGAUUCUAGGAAUGUUAGGGAACGAUUUACUUUACCUGAUGGCUGUAUCAAACAUCUAUGCCCCACUUCUUCUCUUGCCUCACCUAUUCCUUAGAUUCUUGGUCACUUCUCUACCACAAGCCACCAGCACUAUAACCAGUUUUGCGUGGGUUCUGCUCUUCCUCCCUAUGUUGAUCAGUGUCAUGUGAGCAUAAGCCAAUGGUAGCUUGCCACAUGCCCCAUCUCCCGUUGCUGCAGAGGCAUAAGACAGAAGAGAUGGGAAGUGAAUGCCCCAUGUGGUGAAUCUGGGAUGAAUGGGAGUCCUAGGCUGGUAGAUCGUUUUUCCUCCUUCUUCCUCCUGGAGGAAGGAGUCUUCCUCUGAGAGUCAUCUGUUUGUAUGGUCUUUUAGAAGACAGUCCUGUAAGAUCGAGCAACCAGUCAUGAUGAAACCAAGUGGUGGCCGGAUCAGUAUGACACCCUGCUGCCCCCGUUUUUAAUUCUUCUCUGCCUUGCCCUGCUCUCUCCUGUUGCUCUGGGAUUGCACUUCUGAAUGAAGUAGCAGCUCAUAAGCUUUUGCCACAGGCUCUGUCUUUUGGGGAAUCCAGGAUAAGAACCCAUCAUACAGAAGUGUUCAAUAAUAUCAAUUUUGCAACUCACUCAGCUCCAUGGCUUCCCCCGGUCUGCCUGUCUCGCUACAUGCAUAGUGAAAUGAUGGAAGGAAUCUGCUUUCUGAACUCUAAUGUGCCUUCAUUGAUUAUCAUUAAAAUUAUCAUUAAAAUUGCCUUAUUUCUA